AGCAAUAUGGUUUGCACUUCGUGAAGAAGGGAGAGAAUAUAAUAAGCGCUGCUGUGUAUGGAAAAGGCAUUUCCUUUUCUUCGCUUAUUAUUUUAAACUUCUCUCCUUUUGAUAUUUCCUCGUAGUUUUUAGUUCGGAUUUCCUGGGGUUUUUCGCAUUUUCUCGCGUUUUCUUUCACUUUCCCGUACCCCUAACAUCACGUCCACAAUGUAAGUUAUAACUUAAUACUCUCCUUUUUCAAUUUCUCCAGAAUUCACUCUCUCUUCCGCUCAAUUUAAGUUACUCUUCGUUUCUGAAAUUACAAGGCUUUUCAUUGACAAGAGAAACAGCUAGAGUAUUAGUGUACAGCUUCUGAUUAGGGUUUUAGUUGCCUUGAACACAAUUUCGCCCUCUGUAAAAUGAUUUGAGCAAUAUUUAGACGGUAGUAGAAGAAUCAAGCUUGAUAUUUGUUGUCUUGAAAUAUUCAGGGUUUAGGAUUAAAAAAGAUAGUUUUGUAGAUAUGAUCAAACAAAUACUGGGUAAGAUUCCUCGAAAACCCUCAAAAUCAACUCAAGAUGAUUCGUACGGCGAUGGAGGGGUCGACAAUGGCUAUUCUUCAGUGAACUCUUAUAAUGGGCCCAAUUCGAGUAACGGCUUGAAACCCUCUUCGACUCAGUCGAAAUCUUCGAUUUCGGGUUUGGGCAUUUCCCGCUCGAGUAAUGGGACUAUUGCUGGUGGGAACAAGUCGAAUCAAGCGAAGAAAUCGGCUGCCAGUGUAACCCAAGUGGAUCCCUUGUUGGCUUCAGGGGGGUACGAGGCUUUGCCAAGUUUCCGAGAUGUCCCAAGUUCAGAGAAGCAGAAUCUGUUCAUCAAGAAACUAAAUAUGUGCUGCGUGGUAUUCAAUUUUAGCGACCCCGUGAGCGAUCUUAAAAAGAAGGAUAUCAAGAGGCAAACUUUGCUUGAGCUUGUGGAUUACAUUUCGUCAGUGAACUCCAAGUUCAAUGAGGCGGUGAUGCAAGAGAUAACACAGAUGGUGGCAGUCAAUUUGUUUCGGAUAUUCCCAUCUGCGAGUCAUGAGAAUAAGGUUCUCGAAUCGUAUGACUUGGAAGAAGAGGAACCGACCAUGGAACCUGCCUGGCCACAUAUUCAGGUUGUGUAUGAAUUCCUGUUGAGAUUUGUGGCUUCAUCCGAGACCGAUGCCAAGCUAGCCAAAAGAUAUGUGGACCACUCUUUUGUGUUGAGACUGUUGGACUUAUUUGACUCUGAGGACCAAAGAGAGAGGGAUUACUUGAAGACAAUCCUCCACCGGAUUUACGGGAAGUUCAUGGUGCAUCGGCCAUUCAUUAGGAAAGCUAUCAACAAUAUCUUCUAUCGUUUCAUUUUCGAGACUGAAAAGCACAAUGGGAUUGCAGAGUUGCUCGAGAUAUUGGGAAGCAUAAUCAACGGGUUUGCUUUGCCUUUGAAGGAAGAGCACAAGUUGUUCCUUGUCCGUGCUUUGUUACCUCUUCAUAAGCCGAAGUGUGUGUCAAUGUACCAUCAGCAGCUUUUGUAUUGCAUUACUCAAUUUGUGGAGAAAGAUGUCAAGCUUGCAGAUACUGUUAUUCGGGGUCUUUUAAAGUAUUGGCCUGUAACUAAUAGUUCAAAGGAGGUCAUGUUCCUAACUGAAUUGGAAGAAAUUUUGGAAGCCACUCAGCCAGCCGAGUUUCAGCGCUGCAUGGUCCCUCUAUUUCGCCAAAUUAGUCGUUGCCUCAAUAGCUUUCAUUUUCAGGUAGCUGAACGUACAUUGUUUUUGUGGAACAAUGAUCACCUAAGAAAUUUGAUAAUCCAGAACCGCCAAGUGAUUCUGCCUAUGGUCUUACCAGCUCUGGAGAGAAAUACACGGAAUCAUUGGAAUCAAGCUGUUCAGAGUUUGACAUUGAAUGUGAGAAAAAUAUUUUCAGAUGCUGAUCAAGCAUUGUUUGAUGAAUACUUGGAGAGAUUUCAAGAAGAUGAAGUCAAGGAUAGGGAAACACAGCAGAGGCGCGAAUCAACCUGGAAGCGCUUGGAAGAUGUGGCUGCCUCCAAGGCUGUAAGCAACGAAGCUGUUCUUGUCUUGAAAUUUGCAUCCUCUGUUGCCAUUACUACCAGCCCAAAGGCACGAGCUUCUGCUGGUAGUUGAAAUUCCCACCAGUUGAAAAUUGUGAAUUUUACCCUGAUCAACUUUAACCAAAAGUGGUUGAAUCUAGAAGCUGGUUUGUAGAGAUCAUACGGCCUCAAUUCCCUCAAGUUCUUUACGACUCCUACGCUAAGAGGGAAAUACUGAAAUUUGAAGGUCGAGUUUUGUGGAUAUCAUAACAAUUGCAUUGUUUUUGGGUUUUAGAUUAUGUUCCUCUUCAGCCAUGGAGAUGUGUAUUAUAAGGAAUUUGCUUUACAGAGAUAUGUCCUUAUAAUAUUUAUUGUAUAAUGCAAGGAAAAAUUAUCAUCUUGUAUUUCUUUUUUGCCGUUGAUUCAAGCGAUAUACUCCUAUGGAAUAUUUAAAGUAAUUCAUCCCAUGCUUGGGAAAA